GGCGCUGCUGCAUCGCUCAUUGCAUUCCUCCGUCGGGUGAAAUAAAGGACGUAAGCAGCCACGGUGAAUUUUUUUUGGCAAAUUGAUGACUUAACUCCUUCCAAACCAAAACGCAAACCCGUCCUCGGCUUAGGUCAGACUACAAUAAUACAAGAGAUCGGUCUCUCCAACCGUGAUCUGGAAGAUGUCCGUCAAUUCAGUUUAAAAACGUCAAGAACACCACAAUAAGUAAUCUGGAGCGAAUGAGCAUCCGUGAGAUGACAUCAGCCCGUGGCCACUCAACUCAAACAUCUCUAUCAAAUCAAAUCCAAGCAGGAAAAUAAAUCCAGCCAUCCGUUGGGGAAGCCAUAGCUCCUCCUAAAUGGCCAGAGGGCUCCAAGGGUGUCUUUGAGUGUACCAGAGGAUACGAUCACAAACAUGAGUAGCCCACCUAGCCUCCAGGGACUGAGGGGGAGCAGCACGGGCCAAGAGAUGCGGAACAAGACCCAGAUCCCGCGGUCACACAUCAGCGACGCCAACGCCAACCAGCCAUGCCUGCCGGGGGGCCAGGGAGAGCGAGGGGUCCUGGGGGAGGACGGCUACCCCACCAGGAGCCAACAGAACCUUAUCCCCCACGGUGAGGCCCAACAGGGGGUCCAGCUGUCCCAGUACCGGUACCCAAUGACCAAGGACGAGCAGGAAGGGGACCAGGACUUUGACGACGGGGGGAGUUUAAGAGACGGAAAAGACGAAGAAGGGCCGAUGUCCAUAUCCUCCAGCUCCACCGCCAGCUCAGCCUCGCUCGGCGGGAAGAGGAACGACAACGAGGGUGACCAGGGCGGAGGGUCGCGUCACGAACGACGGAUCCAGGGAAGGCACACCAGCCACAGCUCUGAAGAGCUUGACGCGUGCGCGGACAGCCCGGGGGAGAGGGGGGAGGUGACGCCUGCGAGCCGAGGCAGGGAGCGGGAGAGGCGGAGGCAGGGAAGUCUCAAGGAGUCCAAGUCCGAGACCAACGUGUUCGCCUCCAGCUGUCUGACGGCCGUCUCUCUGAGUGGAAGUCUGGCCAGUGCGCUGGACAUCAGUGGCGUGGCCCCGCUCCCUCCUCCCAACUCCAACACCAGCUACCAGCCCAGCACAUACAACGCUACCUCAGCUCAGACCAGGAGGAGGGCGCCCGCUGUUGAUUCCAACCAGAACUCCUCUCCAGCCCCGCUGCACCAGGGACAGGAGGAUCUGCAGGGUCACCACCUCAACCAGGGCUGGAGGCAGGAGGACGCGUGUCGCUAUGGGAACGGACUCUCAUCCUCAGACGCAAGACUGGGCCUCAGGAGGAAGGGCGGUUUCGAGGAGAGGGUGUUACCGCCUCGGCGGCAGCAGUUAGUCCGUCCGCUCUGUCAGAGCGAGACAGGGAGGGGGUGGGGCUUAGCCGAGCCAAUUGCCACAGCUGCGCAGAGGGAGCCUGAGCAGGCGGAUUGUCAGAGUCAGGGGACCAACAAGAGGUUCCUGAAAUCAGCCUUACGCGAACCCUCAGACGUCUCUCACCUGUACAACCUCCAGAUGCUCUCUCAACGGAGACAGUCCAGAGAGCUAGCCUCCAUCGAGGCCCAGUCUCUGGACAGACAUCCGUCCACCGCGAGGCGUACCUCCAGCCCUUCCAAACCGCCUCCCAGCGCAGAGAACCGAGCUCAGGCCCAACUCACGUACAGGAGGAACUGCUCCAGCCCCAACAGGUCCACGAUCGGAGCCAGGACGUCCACGCCUCCUCACUCUCCUCUCAGGACUCCCCAGGGAUCUCCACGCAGGCAGCCCUCCAUGUUCCUCGUCUCCAGGACUGCCUCAGGGCCUCGACAUCCCCAGCCCCCUCCUGGGACCAACCCUGCUGUCGAGGCGUCGUCUCAGGGUACCAACACCGGGGGUCUGAGACCCCCGGUUAAAACCAACAUCAGCACAAGUGGAAUCCCCAAAGCGCCUGCCAACCACCACCAGCAUCAGCAGCAGCAGAGCUCCCCGAACCGCUACCCCCACACAAACCCCAGAGAGACCUCCCCGUCCCCCAAGGGGAACCUGAAACCCAAGGGCGUGCGUCCCAAGAUCAUCACCUCCGUGCGCAAGAGUCCCCAGAUCAGGGCUCAGGCGGUGGACGGGUCUUACCAGGUGUCCUCUCUACCCUCCAGGCUGACCGCGUACUCCCACACCCAGACCAGCCCCCCCGAGGCCCCCCAGCGAGACUCCCCCCCGGACGCCUCCUCCGGGGUCAGGGGCCCGGCGGUCUUCAGCGCCUCCAACCUCCUCUACGAGAGGUACCGCCAGGAGGUCCAGUCCAACAUGUUCCCUCCACAGGGAGCCAUGAGAGGCGGAGCGAGGGCUCCCCCCGGUCACACGCACACUCUGCCCACCACGCACACUCUGGCGGGGCCGCACGGACACCCCCAUAGUCACACGGCGCUGCCCAAGUUGGCCGGCAAGGGAGACCACUUUUACGGGACAUCGAGUGACAAGAGUGCCCCCCCAGAGACGGGCAGACCAGCCAGCUUUGGAGGACUCUCCAGCGAUGACACCAAGAUGGCUGCCCAGGUGGGAGGAACAGGAAGUCUGCUGCGCUCAGGGAGGGGCCUCCGACUGGGCUUGGGAGCCGUUGCCAGGACAACCACUGGCUCAGUCAAGGGAAGGGGGCCUGCACAGGCUCAAAGGUCAAGUCUAGUCUUCAGCCAAUCGGUGCAGGCUAUGAGUCGAGUGGGCAGUCAAAAAAGCCAAGAAGAGGACCAGAGUGCCGCUGCCCCGACGACCCACCCUGCCCCAGCCCCGGCUCCAGCCAACCCCCAGCUCCAGAACCAGCUCCAGACCCAGCUCCAGACCCAGCUCCAGACCCAGCUCCAGACCCAGACCCAGACCCAGACCCAGCCCCAGCUCCAGACCCAGACCCAGCCCCAGCCCCCGAUCCAGACCCAGACCCAGCUCCAGACCCAGCUCCAGACCCAGGCCUCCAGCAGGUCUCUGCAGCCCAGGGCCAGCCACUCAGGCCUGCGCGCCCCUGGGUUCACCUCUAACGUGCGGCUGGGCCCCGCGGGCCGGCUGGGGACUUUUGGCUUCGCGAGGAGCUCCAGUGUGUCGUCUGCGUCCUCGGCCCACUCGGCUGACAGCGCCAACAGCGCCCCCUCCAGGGCCACCCCGCGACUCAGUGUGAGUGAGGACCCUCCCGUACAGAGGGGUCCAGCAGCAGCGGCGGCAGCAGCAGCACAGCAGCAGAGCGAGGUCGGAGGUGGGGGUCCCCGCCUCAACAGCAGCAGCAGCAUCCAGCCCCCGUCCACCCCAGCCCUGCACCGCCGCUACCUGCCUGCCCAGCCCCGGAGCUCCCCUGCAGUUGGCAGGAAGGAGUUUCAGUGGAGUUCAGAGGUCACCCGCUCCCUUCCUUCGUCUCCCAAGAGGUUAGCUGUGGUCCCGCCCAAACCCCAAUCACCAGUCCAGGCCCGCCAGCGCCCAGCGGCCGCCAUCAGGGGGUCGGUGCCCCCCGGCUCUCCUCGCCGCGUCGCCCCCUUCAGACCCCAGCAGGAGCAGCAGGAGAACCUGCAGCGAGAGAAGGAGGAGGCGCAGCGAAGGCAGAGGGAGAAGGAGGUGGAGGAGAGGGAGAAGAAGGAGCAGAGGGAGGAGGUCCAGAGGCUGCAGGGCCGCUAUGAGCAGCAGGAGAGGCAGCUGUCGGCUCUGAGGGAGGAGUUGAAGAAGACCACCCUGGGGCUGCAGGCCUUCAUCGUCACCACACAGCACUACUGCCUGAAGACGGACCACGCAGAGGAGAAAGAAAAGGAACUCUGUUUGGAGGUGCAGAGGAUCAAAGAGGAACUUGCAUGCAACUGGGCGCGCUGGCAGCGGCUGCAGUGCGAGAAGACUGCGUUGGAGGUGGCCUUCGAGCGGGAGCUGCAGGAGGUGCAGAGACAGCAGGAGCAGGAGCUGGCGGCGGUGGAGCUGGGCCUGAGGAGGUGCCACGCGGCGGAGACGGAGACCCUGAAGGAGGAGCAGCGGUCCGUGGUGCAGGAGCUCCGCGCUCAGCAGCAGGAGCAGAUGGAGGAAAUGACCGUUAAUCACCAGGCAGCCACCCUGGAACUGCGUGACAUGCAUAAUGUCACCAUGGCAACGCUUCACGAGGAGCACGCCCACACAAUAAAAGAUCUGAGAAAAGCCCACGAGCAGCAGAAGAUGAUGUUAGAACAAGACUUUGAAAUACUCAGACUGUCUCUCCAGGACCAGGUGGACACCCUGACCUUCCAGAGCCAGAGUCUGAGGGAGAAGGCCCAGCGCUUUGAGGAGGCCCUUAGAAGGAGCACUGAUGAGCAGAUUGUGGAGGCCUUGGCUCCUUAUCAACAUAUCGAGGAAGACCUGCGGAGCCUGAAGGAGGUGGUGGAGAUGAAGAACCAGCAGAUCCACCAGCAGGAGCAGAAGAUCUCUGACCUGGAGAAGGUGGCCCAGAAGAACGUGUUCCUGGAGGACAAGGUGCAGGUGCUGCAGCAGCAGAACGAGGACCUGAAGGCCCGCAUCGACAACAACCUCUCUCUGUCCAGGCAGCUGUCGGAGGAGAACGCCAACCUGCACGAGACGGUGGAGAAGGAGAGCACGGAGAAGAAGCGCCUGAGCCGCAACAACGACGAGCUGCUGUGGCGCCUGCAGACCAGCCCGCUGGCGUCGCCCGGCUCCUCCCCCCUCCACCGCUCCUUCUCCACCUCCCCCGCCCCCUCCUCCCCCUUCCUCGUCUCCUCCCCCUUCCUCUCCUCCUGCGACUCCCCCACUCACUGUCACGGCUGCCCGCAGUCCGCGCACCCCGCGCAGUACUACGCCUCGCCCUCCCAUCGCGCGGCCAAUCAGAAUUACUCGCCGGGCCCGGCCACGCCCACUCACACCAGGGCCGUGGGGAAUCUCAAUUACUCCCCCGGUCCGGCCACGCCCACUCACAGGGCCGCAGCCAAUCAGAAUUACUCCCCGGGUCCGGCCACGCCCACUCACAGAGCUUCAGCCAAUCACUGUUCUCCAACAGCUGUUCUGAACACCCUACAGAGAUAAGCUUCCCCUAUACUUAACUAUCUCUCUCUCCCCCCGCCUCCCCCAAAGCUCCCUUGUUAUCUUGUCUUCCUCCCCUGUCCUUCCCCCAUUAUCUCUUGACCAUAUACAUAUAUUGUACUCAAUCGAUCAAUCAAUUGAUUGAUGGAGAUGUAUUUAAUAUCAGUGAUCAGUGAUGUAACUGGAGCAAGACGAGAGAGCAGGUGUGACAUCACGGGAACGGAGUGAGGUCGUCUUUGGACAGAAUGGCCUGAACCGCGACCAGGUCCCAACGGUUCUGACAGCCACCCUGUUGCCCCCUUCUAGGCGCCAAGUGGACAGACGGGACUGUAAAUAUGUAGAGGGUUGUAGUGAGAGCUAGCUUGCAUGGGCAUGUUGACCCCUACGCUGAAACAAAACAGAACCGUGAUCUGUGGUACUUCUUCUGGAUCGAACAGGAUCACAUAACAGGGUCGAUUCUUUCUCAUCCAGAUAAUUAAAAUAGGAAACGGUUUCGGAAUUUAUCGCAGUUCCACUAAGAGACGGAAUGUUUUUAGUCUCCUGGAGGACUCCCUAACUAAGCGCCUUACACGCAGUCUCUGCUCUGUCACCAGCAGAAUAGGAUUCAUUUUUAGUGCACACACAAUGUUUACUAUUUACAACUUUACAACAAAAAGUACAACUUUACUAAUCAGAGCGGUGUGUCUUGGAAGCCUACUUUAGGCGCAUUUAAACUUUCUAAGCCAGUUUAUACUAACUGUGUUACUUUAAAGUAUUUGUACCUUUAUCAAAUAUAACCACGACAGGCGGCCCAGUCACCCCAACCAAUGGGCAUAUCUCUGGUGUUUAACUAUGUUUUAAACCCGCCAGGUCUUCCUACAGCAUCAUUUUCCACAGUCAACCCCUCAGGGCAACCUGCGCAAACUUCUGUCCGCCAUUUUGUAUUUUACCUCAACAAGGAAGGUGUAGUGGUUGAUGUGUAGCUCAACACAGCCUCUGGAAGACUCAGAGUCUGUUUCAGCUGCCGUUUAUCCAACGUUGAUGUUGUUUGUUUUAUAAUGUAGUAUUUAUACUGUUUAUUAUUGUUAUACGUUUAUUUGGGACUUAAGCAUGUACUGGAACGUGUUGUGUUGUAAUAGUGUCUGUGAUUUGUCUCGAUAUCAAGCGUAUUAAGCUAUAGAGUUGGUGGGAGGAGGGGGGGGGGGGUACUGGUUGAUAUAAAUCACAUUGUAUAGGGUUAUGAUGUUGGACAUGAGAGAAGAGGAAGUCCAUUAAGCUAGGGGAAAUGCGUUAAUUUCCAGCAAUGUUGGAUACUUUUUUGUCCUUGGAUCGUUUUUAUGUUUAAGGAUAAAAGUUUCUUCAUUAGCUGUCUAGGUCACCAUGGCCACUUUAAUAAUGACUAAAUACAUUUUUCAAACCUUUAUCAACCUCAGUAUAAACGAAUGAGCAACAAAUGCAAAGAAGCACUUUUUCUACGUGCUUCCCUUUGUUUACUGAAUGGACUUUUGUUUGAUCUUUCCUUAAAUAGUAUCUUUUAAAGUUUUGCUACUCAAUAUUAGGACUCUCAAUUCUGAAAUGAGCAACAAUUCUGUUCAGGGAAUUCUUUUCUAAAUUUUGCUUAUUCAUAUAGUACUUAAUUUAACACAUUUUACAAUGUAUACGUAUAGUGUAAAUACAGAAUACUGGAUGAACGACACAGUACAACUCGUUAGCCUGGAAACAGGUUUUAAGUCUAUAUUGGCACAUUAGCGACAGUAGAUGAUUAUCCCAGCUUUGACCGCUAAUUCUGUCCAAAGCAAAGCGCUGUCCAGUAUUCCGUUUUGUCUUUUUAUCUGGACUCCUCGGAACAACACAGAAAAGCUGAUGCUUUGUAUAAUUGUGUAUUAUGUUGUCUGUAAGGUUAGUGUGACGUAAGGCUUAUUGACCAGUGUGCUUCCAACUUUACACAAACUGGCUCUAAAGCUAGACCCAAGACCACACACACGCACACGCACACACACACACACACACACACACACACACACACACACACACACACAAAUGCAUAGACAUAUACAAGUGUGAAGACAUACACAAUUCAUCUAGGCCUGAAUGCGUGCACGCAAACACACAAACAUUAAGGAAUGAGGAUCACUUGCUCUUUAAGUCGCGAGUUGAUCAAGCCAAUGUCCUAAUUAUUAUAUUUAAUUUUUUACUGGCAUCAUUUGAAAUACUAUCGGACGAAAGAAUGUCAAGUACACACAUGUUUUAAUUGUGUCUGGGCUCUGUGCAGUGACACUUAGAAGAAUGUAUUUGAUGACAUAUAAUAAUAGUAAUACGACAUGGUGCAGACUGUGAUUUGCGAUGUUCAGAAUCCCACUUUGUUGUGGAUGUAUUGAGUCAAUAAACAUGGUUACCAUAGAACCUAUAGUUCCUGCUCCAAGAAGAUCACUUCUGGAGAACCACUUGUGCUCCAUGAUAAAAAUGAUAAUACAUAAAAUAAUAAUCAUAACACGAUAAAGAAAACGAAAGAUACAUCUCAAUAUAGACCAAGUGUAUAACUAUCACGCAGACUUCGAUGCCGUCUGAACCACGAACCGCCACCGUUGAUUUGUCCUGUGGACAUCUGUCACCUGACCAUCAAACCAAUGUCCGAGAAAAUGUAUGACAGCGUUUCAUGUCCUUUAGAAUCCAGUAACUGCGUUGAUACUCCAUAUAUGUAGCCGAGUCUGCUUCCAACAUGUAGCGUUUGGUUGAGUUCCCUCCUGGCAUGGCUGGUAUGUUUAAUGAACAGAUGGUGGAAUGUUGAUUUUGAUUUGUAUAUUAUAUUGUGCCGUUGACUCGCUUGGCUGGCGUUUAAAAGAUCUGUAAUCCACCAUGUUGUCUGGUCGGGCAGAAAGGGGUGGGCUGGUGAGUUUACUGAGAAAUAACUGUGGGUUGAACUUCUGAUUGUAAACUUGUGUGUAGGCUAAUUACAUUUGCUAUGUGAGUUAUAGAGAACCGAUGAUGUAGUUGAAGAAGCAUGUUCAUCUUUUGUACUUUUGCUGUGCUCGCUCUCUCUCCAUCUCCAUCUACAGAGAUGGAGAGAUACAGACUCAGUAUCUCUGUCACUUCCUUUCCUUUUCUCUCCUCCCCUCCCUCUCUGUCCCUCCCUCUCUUUCCCUCUCUCUCUCAUUUCCCCUCUCUCCCUAAAUAUGACUUGUAGGUAUGUCGAUGCCUUUAUUUGCACUUUUUAGAAACAAUACAGUAUUAAGAAUGAAUAAAAUUCUCUCCUGCUCAUGUUUUAA